AGACAUCCCCGGCCAUGUCCGACAGCGACACCGACAGCGACAACAUAUUUGUCCGCUACGAGGAGGAAGAAGAAGCAUUCGCCGCCGUCUCUCAGCAGCAGAGCCGUAUCUCCCGGGGAUUGGGCUCCGAGGUCAAAGAGAGUAUUGGAGAAUACGUCGAUGAGUUUCAGGCAGUCUUAAGUAACUUACAAGGAGUGGUGGAGGCCAACGACACCGAGAAAUGCCUGGUGCUGCAUUGGAACGCUUUCAACUCAGAGCUUCUCCGGAUCAUGGGGGAGAAGAUAUGCAUUGCUCUCGACGACACCACGGGUGCUCUGUACAAGCGAUUGAAGCGGCGGGAUCUCGAACAGAAGACCGAGGAUGUCCAGGACCAGAUCAGGAAGAUCGAGAAGGAGCUCUUGCUCUUCGCGGCCCACAAGGAGAGGAAAAGGUUGAAAAUCCCGAACUACCGCCCACCAAGGAACAGGAGAAUGUCGAGAAUUCCGAACAGCCGCCCACCGAGGAACAGGAGAAUGUUGGGAAUUCCGGACAGCCGCUCACCGAGGAUGUCGCGAACCUUUAGGGUGUCAUCUGAUACGUCCCGAGGAUGUCACGACUCGCGAGCGAUUUGUGGUUCAUCUGAUAUGUCUAUAGUUCAAGUGUUCUGCUAGGAUAAAAAUACUACUGGGUUUGCUGCCCAGUGUCCUCGGGCUGGCUUAACUGGGAACUACUUCCCUCCCCAGCCGGAUCCAAAUCGCGGCUCAUCGAAUGAGGAAGGAAAAUUACGUUCCGCACCACCACUUUCACUUUCCACGCCUUUUAAGGCGUGGCGAUGAACUACAUAAACCCACACUACACCAUGACGUUUACCAACGACUAGUGCUCCGUCGAUGUUUUUGCU